AUGCCGGCUUUCUGCAACUUGACCGCCCUCCUCCUCUCCCUGGCAAUCACCAAGGCUCAGGGCGGCUCGGCCGGAUGCGGCAAAACCCACGACUUUGUCGGCCAUACCAGAGAGUUCAGCAUUCAGAGCAGCGGUGGCCUGCGAACGUAUCGGAUCCAUCUCCCGCUCAGCUACGACUCGAAGACGGCCAAGCCGUUGCUGAUUGCCUACCACGGCCACGGCAACAACCCCGACAAAUUCGAAUUGCAGACCAACUUCUCCAACGAGACCGUCAACCCUGACAUGAUUGUCGUGUACCCCGCGGGUCUCGAUAAAGCAUGGCAGGGCCCCAGCUACGCCAGAAAAGGCGUCAGCGACAAGGUCUUCACCACCGACCUCGUCAAUCACAUCAAGAGCGACUACUGCGUCAAAGAAUCCCGAGUCUACGCCACCGGGCACUCCAACGGCGGCGGCUUUGUCGGCACCCUGGCCUGCUCUCCCGACCACGGCGGCCAGUUUGCCGCCUUUGCCCCCAUCUCGGGCGCCUUCUACACCGACGUCAAAGGGAACCAGGACUGCCACCCCGCUCGGUCGCCGCUCCCCAUGUUCGAGGUCCACGGCACUGGCGACAAGACCAUCCCGUACGCCCCGACCAAGGACGGCAGUGGUGGUCCUCUGCCCUCCGUCGCCGACUGGGUCCGCAGGUGGUCUCUGCGGAACAAGUGUGACGCCCCGCAGGAGAAAGACCUGGGCAAUGGCGUUCAUGAUGUCCGGUACAAGUGCCAGGGCGUAGCUGAUGGCUUGGAACACAUCAAAGUCGACGGCAUGGGCCACCCGUGGCCCGGUCCCGAUUCCCAGCUUCCCGAUGUGUCGUUGAGGGUGGUGGGCUUUUUGAACAAGCACACCAAGCCAUGA